UCAUUCCUUCUCUCUCUCUCUCUACUACCCCUCCUCUCUCUUUCUCUCAACCCCACUCCUCAUCUCUCUCUCUUUCUCUCUGCUAGCCCCUUCCUCCAUCUCUCCGGAACCUUCCUGUCCUCUUUCCCCUAUCUCUGCUUCCACCCCCAAACCCUUACCACCUCCCCUUCUCACACACACUCAACUGCACACCUCACAAUCACACACACCUCACACACAGGACUACCAUUCCCAGACCAGUCACCAUGGCCGACAAGAAGGGCGCUGCUGCCAGCAGCAAACUGUUGGUGAGGAAGAAAGAGAGGACGACAAAGACAGCGGUGACUGUGGAGGUCAAGAAAGAGGUCAAGAAAGAGGUGAAGACGGAGAUGAAGAUGGAGAUGAAGAGGGAGGUGAAGUCGAGUUUAGUGAAGAAGGAGGAGAAGGUCCUGGCAGUGGGGGAGAAAGUGGAGGGGAACGGAGAUGUCCCAAUGGAAGAGGGAGACACAGCUAACGAAGACGUGGCUAACGGGGAAGCGGCGGCGGCUAAAGCUAACGGAGCAAAUGGGGAGUACGAACCCAUUGAGCUGCCCCCCUGGGAGAUCAUCGAAGGGGACCGCAUCGACCCGUUCCAAUUCAAGUUCCAGUUCAAGAACGUGGAGUACUCGUCAGGUCGUAACAAGACGUUCCUCUGUUACCUGGUGGACAAAGGGAAGGCUGAUGCCGGUCUGAUGAGAGGUUACCUGGAGGAUGAACACUCAGGAGCCCACGCUGAGCAGGCCUUCUUCCUCCAGACUCUCCCAGACUACGACCCUGCUGUCAAAUACACUAUCACCUGGUACAUGUCAUCCAGUCCCUGUGCGGUCUGUGCAGCUAAGAUCGCAGAGGCCCUUCAGGCCAGGAAGAGCAUCAAGAUGACUCUCUUCUCAGCCCGGCUGUUUGAGUGGGAGGAUCAAGACAUCCAGGCGGGGCUGAAUGCUCUGUCUCAAGCAGGGUGCAAGCUGAGGAUGAUGAAACCCAUGGACUUCACCUAUGUCUGGGACACUUUUGUGGAGAAUGACGACCUAACGUUCACCCCCUGGGAGGACUGCCAGGACAACUACGAGUACUACCACGAGAAACUGGCAGACAUCAUGCAGUGACUACAGAAUGUUGUCAGCCCAGAAUUAUCCCAUCACCUGCCACCUCCACUAUCUAAGGUCCUCAGUGAUGUGCACAGGACUCAACCAAUCAGAGGGCAGUUUGUGUGCUUGUGCGUCAAGCCGUCCUGCUGUGUUUGUUUGCCUUUAUGAAGCCAGUUCCAGACCACCUCCUCCACAUGGACCUCUCUGUCCCAGCUUCCACUCUCUAUUCUGGGGUUGUCCUCACAAGACACAUGGAUCUGUGGAUCAAUCCUCAACCUCAAGAUAACAGCUUUGCAAUUAUGUACUAUUGGUUAUAAUUCAAGUAUAAAAAGUUAUUUUAUUACAAUUUAAGUUAUAAUUCAUCCUUCUCCUUCUGUCCUGAAAGGACGUUUCAUAACUGCACCAAUGUUGCCUCUGUCAUCCAGAGGACUAGAAUGAUAUUCUAUGCAUGAAUAUUCAUAUAGAUAUUGUUAAUGACAAUACCCCAAACUGUUAAGUUCUAGAGAAUUAACAGAUAUGUUUGUUAUUGUUAUUAGGAGUAAUUCAACAUUUGUGAGUUAUGAGAUACGUUCAAUAUCUUUUACACAUUUUAAUGUAGCAAAACAAAAAACAUGAAUGUUACUUGGUGUUCGUUUUAAAUAGUGAUUGAAUGAUCCAACAUUUCUUACAGAAAGAUUGAAUAGAGAUUGUAGCGUCGCAUGAGCACACGAUUUCAACUUCAAGAUUAUAUCGAUCUGCCUGUAGAAAUUUAAGCAAAGUACAUUAUUUAUACACAGUGAAAAUAAAGAAGUGUGGAGUUUUAAAAGUGUUAUCUUUUACUCAUUUUUAAGUCAUUGUUAGCACAAAGAGAACUGACUAUUUGGAUUUGAAAUAAAUGUGGUUGACCCCUUU